UGUCUAGCUAGAAUUAAGUAUAUUAUUUAAUCAUCUCUAUAAGAAUGAAAGACUUGUCUACAAAUAUCUCAAUUAUUUUAAAUUGAUAAAAUGUGUAAACUAAAUGCGCUAUUGAUUAAAGAUAAAUUACAGCAUCACGAUCAAGCUAUUUCUUAUGAAAUACUGCCGUAUGUUUUUAGCUUGAGCCUCCGCCUUUGUCUCCUUCUUUCUCGCAUGUUUUUACUUGGAGUUCCUCCCCCUGCGGCGCUGGGCGGAGUUUCAUACCGAACAAGACGCUCCUUUUGUCGGAUCCGUUCCGACCUGACUCCCCGGGGUUUACGGCUGAAAAAACGACACUUAAAACAGCCCUAAAAUAAUUAAACACGAAUACCUUGAUUUGUAGUAACAACGCUGGUUUCUAACUGCCACGAAAGAAUCUCUAGAAGCCGGGUCAGUUGAGCUGCCCACAGACGCUGCACCAUGAACGGCAGCAGCAGUGUGUCCUCUGCCUCACAGACCAUCCAGAUAAAAACAGAACCAGUUGUGGAUGCUUGGAGUAAGGAGGACUGCCUCACUCUUUUGGAGAGGAUUCGGAGCCUGUUGCCUGAUGGUGAUGCCAUGAAAUACAAAACCACAGAGUCCCACUUUGACUGGGAGAAGGUCUGCUUCGGAGGCUUCACCGGUGACAUGUGCAAACAGAAGUGGGCGAAGGUGUCCACCGAGGUGCGGAAGUUUAGGACUAUGACCGAGCUCAUAGUUGAUGCCAUUGAGUUUGUGAAGAACCCUUACAAAGGGAAGAAAUUGAAGACACAUCCAGACUUCCCAAAGAAACCCCUUACACCGUAUUUCCGGUUCUUCAUGGAGAAACGAGCCAAGUAUGCCAAGAUCCACCCGGAGAUGAGCAACCUUGACCUCACCAAGAUUCUGUCCAAGAAAUACAAGGAACUCCCAGACAAGAAAAAGCAAAAGUACAUCACAGAGUUUCAGCGAGAGAAGGAGUCCUUUGAGAAGAAUAUGGCCCGAUUCAAAGAGGACUACCCGGAGUUGAUAGAGGAGAGAAAGAAGUCGGACCUCCCUGAGAAGCCCAAGACACCCCAGCAGCUGUGGUACAACCAUGAGAAGAAGACUUACAUGAAGCUCCACCCUGAUGUGAGCCAGAAGGAGCUGAAGGAAGCUCUGAGGAGACAGUGGUCCCAGCUGUCAGACAAGAAGAGACUUAAGUGGAUCAGCAAGGCCCUGGAGCUGCAGAAAGACUAUGUGGGUUGUAUGAGAGUCUACCAAGAGGCCCAUCCAGACGCUGAAGAGCACGUCAAGUCCGUCCUCACCAAAGCCGAGCGGCAGCUCAAGGACAAGUUCGACGGCAGGCCAACCAAACCACCGCCGAACGGUUACUCCCUAUACUGUGCCGAGCUGAUGGUGAACAUGAAGGAUGUUCCCAGUACGGAGCGUAUGGUGCUGUGCAGUAAGCAGUGGAAGGUGAUGACGCAGAAGGAGAAGGACAUGUUUCAGAAACGCUGCGAGCAGAAAAAGAAGCAGUACGAAAUUGACCUACAGAGGUUUCUCGAGAGCCUCCCGGAGGAGGAGAGGGACCGGGUGAUGACGGAGGAGAAGCUGGGGGGCUCGCGGCUGGGCAUGGGGGGUGUUGGCAGCCCUCACAGAUCCAAGUCCCCGUCCGCCAAGGUGGGUCUCACAAAACUACAACAGGAGCGCUGUCGCGAAGCUGAGCAGGGGCACUGGGUACACUCCGGCCUGACGGCGAAAGAGAAGCGCGACGGUAAGAAGAGGACCAAACUCCCUGAGACACCCAAGACUGCCGAGGAGAUGUGGCAACAAGGCGUCGUAGGAGACUACCUGGCCAAGUACAGGAGUGACCGUAAGAAGACCCAGAGCGCCAUGGAGUCAGCCUGGAAGGCCAUGGAGAAGAAGGAGAAGAUCCCUUGGAUCAAGAAGGCGGCUGAAGACCAGAAGCGAUACGAGGUUCAGUACCGGCCCGUGAGGGAAUUGUUGGAGAUGAGAACAGCCCAGGCAGGAGCAGGCCAGAGGAAACCCAAGUUUGAAGGGGAGCCCAGGAAGCCACCAGUGAGUGGCUACCAGAUGUUCUCCCAGGAGUUGCUGACCAACGGCGAGCUGAACCACUUCAGCCUGAAGGAGCGGAUGGUGGAGAUCGGCAAGCGCUGGCACAAGCUCAGCCAGAGUCACAAGGACAAGUACAAGAAGCUGGUGGAGGAACUGCAGAUUGAGUACAAGGCCGAGCUGGAGGCCUGGGUCAAGUCUCUCUCUCCCCAGGAACGAGCGGUUUAUAAAGAGUUCUCCACCACGAAACGGCGGAGCACCACCAAGGCGCGGGGCCCGGGAGCCAAGGUUCGCGUGACUACAGUGAAGGGGAAGGCGGUAGGUGCCAGAGCCGCAGCAGCAGGGUCGGGGGGCAAGCGGGCCAUGGCGUACCGGGCCAAGCAGGAUACGUCUGACUCAGAUGACGAUGACAAGACGGACUCGUCAGAUUCCGACGACGAAUCAUCCGGCAGCUCCGACAGCGAAGAUGAUAAUGACGAUGAUGACGACGACCAAUCUGAGGGCUCCAGCAGCUCUUCCUCAGAGGACAGCAGUGACUCGGACACAGACUAGCCCCCCCACCCCAUCCUCCACCCCCCAAAAGAGGAGGGUCUGUGCGGGACACGCUUCCUCGUGAGUCAGGAGCAGUCAUGGUGGCGUCAUCAAAACGCUUGCACGUUGGCUCCUCCCACCUCUUUCUCGCAAGGGGAAAUGAGAGACGGAGAGAAUAAAUAAACGGAGGAGUUUUGCUCCACCUCCAGUUGUUGACCUGGAGAACUUUUACUCAAAAAAAACGGGACAAGUUCUCAUUUACAGGGCUUUGUUACGUGUUCAAUAUUAUUAUUUUUUUUGCCUUUAUAUUAGGUGUUAUUACGAACAUUUUCAUUAUUUUUUAAACUUUGAGAAAGACAUUUUAAACUUUAGCCGAUUUGAGGUUUUUUUUGAACAAGUCUGACUUGGAGGGGUAUAUUGAGGAGUUUGACGUUUUUUGUCCAUGAGUCUCUGACAGUCCGUGCAGAGGGAGGACCGUUGCUGCUUUCCCUCCAUUGAAACAUCUGGUCAAACCCUCCAAUAAAAUGCACUUUUUUCUCUUGUA